UACUCGAUAGUCUUCAGUCGAUACUACAUAUGGCUGUCGGAUGUUAGUUUGUUUUCGUUGAAAGUGCCGGUGCACAGAAAAGAAUAACUUUAUACUAAUUUUACUGUUAAUUUUGAAGGGAUGCAGAGUGGAAAAAUAUUUUUUCGAGGCACAAUCAGGCAUUGGCGAUGCUUUUCAAGACGGAGUGUUAUCUAUCAGGCUUCACAACCUGAAGUACAUGUUGAGGGGAAGAUAGUUCCUCCACAUUCAGAAGGUGCUGUAAAACCACUUUCACCAAAAAUUGAGGAACUUGUUACAUCAAUAUCAAGACUUAAUUUACUAGAAGUUGCUGAAUUGAGUGAAGCUCUAAAAAAGCGACUAAAUUUACCUGAUGCACCACUUAUGCCUGUUGGGGCAGUUGGUGCAUUUCCUGGAGCUUCACAAGCAGAGGAUGAUGAAUCUAUGGCAGCAAAAACAGUAAAGACAAGUUUUACUGUCAAACUUUUACAGUUUGAUGAAAAACAGAAAGUUGCUCUCAUCAAAGAAGUUAAGAACUUACUUGAAGGAAUGAACUUAGUUCAGGCUAAAAAGUUUGUUGAGAGUGCUCCAGUUGUUGUAAAAGCAGACAUUGGGAAGGAUGAAGCAGACAAAUUGAAAGAAGCUUUAUCAAAAGUUGGGGCUACAUGUGAAAUAAGUUAGGUGUGAAGAACUCUUCCGGAAAUUAUAACUCUCUGUGAAGAGUUUCCUUUUGUGAAAUUUGUGUAGUUUGUGUAAUUGUUAAUAAAGUAUUUUUCUUUUGUACUGUUGAA